UUUAGGAGCGAAGAGAUGACAUAUCGCUUCAAGAGCGACUCCUACUUCCGUGUUGUCCUUCAAUGUAAAGCAGUCCUAUUACAGGAAGCUGUAGCCUAAUCUGUAGGGGUUAAUCCGCGCAGUUUACAGGUAUUUAACCAUUAAAACCUUCGAAUGUUACAUUGUAUCGUUGAGCAACAUACGUUAGAAUCUAUAUCAAUGUUCGUGACAUUCGAAUCCACCGAUGUGCCCUUGAUCGACCCUCUUUCAAUGUAAUUUGAUGAAGUGAAGGAGCAGCGAUUUCGGAGAAUACGGACGAUAUAAACUACAUGUAGAAAAACAGAAGAUUCAAUCGCUGCCCACGUCAGAGGAACUGCGAUACAUUAGCGGAAGAAUGCCAGCGGGUGUGUGUGGCUGCUGUGGACCCCUGAGGCCCAGGUACAAACGCCUGGUUGAUAACAUCUUCCCAGAGGACCCCAAAGAUGGCCUGUCCAAGUCAGACAUGGAGAAGCUCACCUUCUACGCGGUUUCAGCCCCGGAGAAGUUGGACAGGAUUGGGGCCUACCUGGCGGAGCGACUGAGCCGAGAUGUGGUCCGCCACCGCUACGGGUACGUAGUCAUCGCCAUGGAGGCUCUGGACCAGCUCCUGAUGGCCUGUCACUCCCAGAGCAUCAAGCCCUUUGUGGAGAGCUUCCUCCACAUGGUGGCCAAGCUGCUGGAGUCCCGGGAGCCAGACCUGCAGGUCCUGGGGACCAACUCUUUUGUCAAGUUUGCCAACAUCGAGGAGGACACACCGUCCUACCACCGGCGCUAUGACUUCUUUGUCUCCCAGUUCAGCGCCAUGUGCCACUCAACCCAUGAAGACCCUGAGACCAGAACCAGGAUCCGUGUGGCCGGUAUCAAAGGGCUGCAGGGUGUGGUGAGGAAGACUGUGAACGAUGAGCUUCAGGCCAUCAUCUGGGAGCCCCAGCACAUGGACAAACUCAUCCCCUCCAUGCUGUUCAACAUGCAGGAUGCUGAGGACCUAGACAGGGUGGGCCCACCCGGCACGCCUUCGGAGACAGGGCAGGAUGGUGAGGAAAACCCAGCUUCUCUGGCCGAGAGCUGCUUCAGAGAGCUGCUGGGAAGAGCCGCCUACGGCAACAUGAACAACGCCGUCCGCCCUGUACUAGUUCAUCUGGACAACCACCGGCUAUGGGAGCCCAACGAGUUUGCUGUUUCCUGUUUCCGGAUCAUCAUGUACUCCAUACAGGCCCAACACUCCCACCACGUCAUCCAGCAGGUCCUGGGCCACCUGGACACGCACAACAAGAACACCCCUCGCAUGAGGGCCGGCAUCGUGCAGGUCCUUCUCGAGACGGUCGCCAUAGCAGCCAAAGGCUCCGUCGGCCCUACGGUACUGGAGGUGUUCAACACCCUGCUCAAGCACCUGCGGAUGAGUGUGGACUUUGAGCUGGGUGAGAACUCCAGACGGAACUCUGGCGCCAGUGUGUCCUCGUCCGGACGGGUCAAGGAGAGCGAGGAGCGCAUUGUCCAGAACGCCAUCAUCCAGACAAUCGGGUUCUUUGGUGGCAACCUGCCAGACUACCAGCGCGCGGAGGUGAUGAUGUUCAUCAUGGGCAAGGUGCCCGUGUAUGGCACCCCCUGCCACACCCUGGACACUGUGAAGAUUGGGCACCAGGGCACCAAGCGUAUCCAGGCCAUGCUGCUGAGCUCGCUCAUCAUGGUGACCUCUGGUUUCAAGUCCAAGACCAUGGUGGCAGCGCUGCCCGCACCCUUCCUGGACCCACUUUUCUCCAUUUCACUCAUGGAGGACUGCGAGCUUCGCCAGUUGGUCCUUGAGAUCCUGCUCAACAUCAUCGAUCGCCACGACAACCGCGCCAAGCUGCGGGGCAUCAGGAUCAUUCCUAAUGUGGCGGCCUUGAAGAUAAAGAGGGAGAAGAUAUCGAAACAAGACGUUGGGUUCAUGAAAAAGCAUGGGCAGCAGUUGUACCGUCACAUCUACCUGGGCUGUAAGGAGGAGGACAACGGUCACAAGAACUUUGAGCUGCUCUUCACUACCCUGGCCGUGCUCACCAUUGAGCUGGCCAAUGAGGAGGUGGUGGUGGACCUCAUCAGGCUGGCUCUUGCCCUGCAGGAUAUGUCCUUGGCUAAUGAGGAGAACAUGCCCAUGGUCAUCCGCUGUGGCAUCAUGGCACUGGUGGCGGCCUACCUGAACUUUCUUAGUCAGAUGAUCGCCAACCCAGCCUUCUGUCAACACGUCAGCAAGGUGAUUGAGAUGAGGAACCUGGAGGCCCCUUACCUCCUCCCUGAGCACAUCUUCAGAGAGAAGUGUCCGCUUCCAAAUUGUCUUGAGAAGGAAGACCGGAGCCUAUAUUUCCAGACGGUUGACCUUGCGGAGUGCCUGGUCGCGCCAGGAUACAACGCUGAGCGUCUCUCAAUCCCCUACGUCCCCCAAGUGACAGAUGAAGACCGCCUCACCAGAAGAAAGAGUUUGGUUGACACCAUUUCUCUUCAAGUGGAUUUCCCUUCCGAUAGCCUACCAGACAAGUCUCUGCUGGCUGAGGAGAUCACCUUCGAGACUCUGAAAAAGGCCAUUGACACCACAGGGUUGGAGGAGCAGGAGAAGGAGAAGAGGCGCCAGGUCAUGGAGAAGUUCCAGAAGGCUCCAUUUGAGGAGAUUGCCGCCCACUGCGAGUCCAAGGCCAAUAUGUUACAUGACAGACUGGCACAAAUCUUCGAGCUCACUAUCCGGCCCCCUCCCAGCCCCUCUGGGGUGGUGUCUAUCUCUGCGGGCCACGCUCAACACCAGUCUGUCCCUGUCUACGAGAUGAAGUUCCCCGACCUGUGUGUCUACUAGAUCAAAGACAAGCCACUAACGCCUUGUAUCCUCAACCCUAACCCUGACCACUAACCAUACCCAGACCUGUGUGUCUACUGGAGCAAAGACGACCACAUAGCCCUUACCCUAACCACUAACACAUUGUAGCCUCAACCCUAACCCAUUUCCUAACCCCUUCAGAUCUGCAUGUCUAUUAAAGCAAAAACAGUGGCAGGAUAGAACCACUAAAACCCUACCCCCUAAGUCUGCUCCUUAGCCCUAUACCAGAUAUGUCAGCUACAGCAGAGACUAGCUGUGGUACUGUACCACUAAGCCCGAAUACUGUGUUCCCUAUUUCUUAACACUGCACAUUGUUCCUGCCCCUCCUCAGACUAAUGUGUCUAUUACCAGAUGAGAUGGCUGUAUGACUGUAGUUUCCAGUCACACGCACACAGUCUACACACACGUGAACGUGCGCGCACACGCACAUUCGUAUUUAUAUUCUAAUCAAUUAGCUGUGGUGUGUUGGCUUAUACACUUGGAAAGUGGAGAUGUCAUAGAACAUCGAAAAGUGAACAUUACUGGAGGCACAUUGUCGUUUCAAAGAUACCAUCGCGCUUGCUAACGAAGAGAUUUGUAGUGGCUAAUUAACAGUAAAAAAGUUAAUUGUUUUGCCUCACAGUUAGCCAAGAGGCUUACCUAGCCAGCUAAAAUUGUUUACAGCUAGUUAGCAAUCGUUUUUUAAAAACUAUUUUGCUAGCAACAUAGUGCUGCCGUGUUAAUUAUAACCGAUCUCACAAAAUGUGUCUCCAGUUGUUUACCUUUUACCAUUGUGCAUAUCCAUGCAUUUCUGUGCAUAUUAGAGAAAAGUAAUUUUAGUGGCCAGCCUGAAAAAUUGCUUAUUUUAUUGGCUUUUUCAGACAGAUAAGCCACAGUGCUGCAGAAAGCUAAUACUUUUUUUUUAUGUCCCAAUUUAAUGAAAACCAAUUCAUAUAUGUUAAUCUGUGUGGACAAGGUGAAUUUCAGGUAGAACAUUGAGAGUCUUGGAAAUGUGGAAAUUCUAUUCUGGAAUAGACAUCUUGGUGGAUUGAGCAGGGUUCUUUAUUGCAGGUCCAUUAUGGCAGUGUUUCAAAAAUGUUGGGUAUGAGACCAGGCUAGUAACCCCCACUGUUAUGUUAUGGUCUUGGUUUUUGGUUCCUUCCAUAGGAAUCCAGUCACCACUGUUCAAAACCUACUGGAGUCAUGCCCUUCAGGACCUGUACUGAGGAAUGGUAUUGUGGACCAGCUAACGCUAAUAGAAAAGCAAUCAGUUGAUUACUAAAGGCACCAUGUCAUUUAGUUGAUAUAUUGAUAGUUUAGGAUGAUAUGGCAGCCAAGUGCAUUCACCUGUUUUGGUAUUAAUUGAAGUGUUCGGGCAGCUGUACACUCCCUUCACUUCACCAUCUUUUUCAUAGCACUUUCACAAUAUGGUACAAAAACAUGUAGUUAUUUUUAUUACACCCUCUUGACAAGAUUCAUGUGAAGGCUAUUAAGUUGUCUUUUUCUUCUCAAUCCUCUCACCGAUGCUGAGCACAAUAACGCAAUGGACUUUGGAUAGUUGCAUCUAUUUUCUUGUAAGGCAUUUUACAUGAACAUUUAGAGAUUUUUCAUUAUUGAUUAUCACAUUUCAAAUCUCUGUCAUUUCUCUUUCCAGUAAUUUGAGGAACCUGCAAUUUGACAUGACGUAUUGGUUUGAUAUCACAAUGCAUCAAAUAAAUAUAGAUACAGUAUAUACAAUGUUAUGCUUAUUGCUAUAGGCCAGAUGUUUGUGUGCAGUAUAAUUGGUAUUGUUCACAUGGGUUUCAUAGCUUGCAGCUUCCUGUGGAUAUGUGUCAUGAUGAUUUGUCUUGAUUUAGUAUUGAUUGUUAUUUAGAGUAUGUGGGAAAAUAUAAUUGAGAGGGUUCACCAAUAUCAUUUUCCAACUUACCUGGCAGGACAAGAUCUGUCAUAACUCUGUUGGCCAUCUAGAAUACCAAAACGCUUUCAUCUUUACCAAAGAAUCCAUUUGCCACGGCCCCCAUUCGUCCCCUCCCUCCCUUUAACGUCUUAAUAACGAUGUCACUCAACAUUUUGUUUCUGAGGGAACCAAAUAUCUGUCUGUGUGCUGUUUGGGGCUCGCCACUGGGCUGUUUAAUAACCCAGGUUGUUAUCUUACUAUUUUUACAUCCUGGCUUGGUGCGGGUGUCUCUCCUGUUUCUAGUGCUAGGUAUGAUGCAGACAUGCUGUGUAAAACGCUGCAUUAGUCAAGGAAAAAAGGUCCUCGAUUUGCGGUUGUCGGAUUAUAACAGAUUAUUUUGGAAGGACCCAUCUAAGCAAAGGACCAUUCGGCGAAGGUGGGCGUAGUUCAGUCCUACAGAGGUUAGUGUCAGGGAGGGGGUCUACAGUCCUCCCAAACAAGACACUCUUAUAAUGAUUAUGAGGCCAUUUGAAAAGAGGCUUCAGAUUGAAGAAUAGAGAGGCUAAAGUGAUGUUGGUUAUCAAAAGGUUCUCUGUGAUGGCAUCCUGUUGUGCCUUCUGUAACAGGAUACUGCAGAACGUUGCUGUGGGUGGUUUUGUAUGUUCAAGGUGGUUUCAUGUUAAGGAUUAAGUCUCGCUCAGCCAGGCUUUCAGUCUCCGGUAACCUGAGCCACUGAGAGACUUGAGUCCAGCUUGCGAGACUAGUGGAUCAAAAUUGGUUAGUAUAGUGAGGAAAGACGGCGGACGGUACGGUGUAUGAUUGUAAAUGGGAAUCACUAAGGUGAUUAGUGGACACUAGCUUCAUCCAUUUUAAUUGGCUGGUGGCGGAAAAUGACCUUUUGGGAAGUAGCCUCUUGGAUUAUAUAUAUAUAUAUAUAUAUAUAUAUAUAUAUAUAUAUAUAUAUAUAUAUAUAAAAUAUAUAUAAUAUAUAUAUAUAUAUAUAAUAUAUAGCUAACGUGGUACUUUAUGACUCAGACCUAAGCCACUUGUGAAACAGAUAAAUAAGACAUUUGGCACAGAUGAUUGGCCCUCAAACAUAGAUUUUUCCAAUUGUUUUUCAAUCGCGACUGGGUUGUUGAGAUUGCUGCCUUAGCUAAGAAACUUUCGGGAACCUCACCCAAGAGCAGCAUAAGACAAUAAUGUUCAUCCAUAUCCAUUGUCGAAUGGAACAUUUUUAUUUUUGUCUGAGACCUUUUGCUCAUUUUGACCUAAUAUGUAGAAAUGCCCCUAUUGAUGCAUAUAAUCUGAAGUCGUAUCAGAAAUGUGUAAUCUCAUUCAUGGCGAAGUGCAAUAUGUUCUCCUCUGUAUGGUUAUAGGAUUGUUUUUCUUUUGCAACACGUAAUGUCUUAUCUUGAACUGUGGUGUCACUUCAGAUAGCAUAUAUUACUACGAGUUUAUCGAGAGAUUCAUUAUGAAAUAUCAAGUGUGUAUGUAUAACCUCAUUAUGACAUGAGGAAUGUAGACCAUACAGCAUCAUUGACUGAGAUCGAGUGCCAGUCUGUUUUUUGCUAUCAUUCCAAAUUCCCUGUCACUCAUUGGCUUGACAAUGACUGCAAUGGAGUAGACAAGAGCACAAACAGGUCUGGGACUAGGCUAUCAUUUACUUUCUUUAUGCUGAAUUUGUCAAUAGUCUAAUAUGGUAUGUUUUUUUUAAUAGAUAUUCAUCAUACGAGUGGCAUGUUGCCUGAUAGAAAAUGGGUUGGGAGUUCUUCUGUUUAUUGUUCAAAAUCAGCACUCCUCUUAACUUGAAACGGUGCAAUGGGAGACCACUGUUUUGGCUAAACCAGCAUUUUUGAAGUCUGAUGUAUUCUUGUUGUUUUGAGACGCCCCCAUGUGUGCUGGUUUUCCUUCCAACAUAUCUACGAAAUCUUUCCGGAAGGACAAAAUCCUGACAAAAGUUGGGUUAAUGCCAGAUACAAUUCAAUAUUCAAUAAGCAGCUCGAUUUAAGUCUUGUGUGGAUAAGGAGAUGAGUUUGCAUGAAAACCAGCAACCACAGGGGGGGGUCUGAAGACCUGGUUUGACAAAAGGCUUUGCUGUGGUGAAGAGGCUGCAGGGAUAUUGAGUCCAUUUUCUCUAGUUAUUACAAUGACGAGAUAGAGAAUAGUGAUUAUAGACUGAAAUGAACAGUAUAACAAUUAACAAUCAUUUGAGUGACUGGUCAGCAAUGGCUACAAUUAAGCAUCAUUCUUAAAGCCCCAUGCUGUGUUUUUAAUUUAACAUCACUUUGUGUAAUAAAUAAGUGUUUUUUUGUUGUUGUUGUAUAUAUAUUGUUUAUUUCUCUGAGACUCCUUGGGCCACUGAAAUGCUCAGUCAGAUUGUGUGCGUUCGGAAACAAAAUGAUUACAACCUAUGUUGUGAUAAUUGCGUUGUUUGCUCUGUAACCCAUUUGUUCAUAUGCCACAUGAUAUACAAUAAGGCCGACACAACAGAUACAUUCAACCACACAUACGUUUGUUUAAUCACAAAACCGGAGGCAAACAUCUGUCUGGGGAAGUCCACAAAGCAAAUAGUACAUGUUAAAAACACUUAGAUGACCUACAGCAUGGUCCAGCAAGUUAAUGUUUCUCACAGUUUACUAAACAAUUACUGAUUUAGAACCACAGAGAGUUACCGUGUGUGUGUGUGUGUGCGCGAUCACAAGUUUUAAAAAACAUUUUGACUAACCCUAGUUGUAGACUAGAUGAACGCCAAUUCCAUCCUGCUCUUUCAUGUUAGAAAAACGGUCUAUGACUCUGUCAUACAGUAGUGCACAAUGUUAGUUUUUGUUCUCGUAGGCUACCUAGCUAAAGUGCUUGCUUGCCUAACUUCCUGGCAUGGGCAACAAUGAACCAGCUAAGUUAGCUAGCUAGUUAACGAGAGCCUACUAGACUGCAUCUAGCCUACAUAUUAAACUUCAAUCGUCUCAGGCAAGUAGCACAGUAUUUUAAUUUAUGGUUAGAUCAGAAUCGCCAGUAUAAUCAAUGGCCAGUACGGAGAAUUAAGUCAGAACCACAAGUCCAAAUCCCCAUCUCCAUCACUGCUUAGGAAAGGGCCAAUUUAGCUAACUAGCCUACUGCAGGACAACAACACAAGCAGACCAGAAACAGACACUUUUUUCUGACAAUUAUGUUUUGCUUUUGAUGUGAUUUGAUUGGUGUGAAGCCAAAUCCAAACUGGCCUCCCUUGGGUUGAUGUGCAGGACUACCCACAGUUGAGCUCAACUCAACACUAAUUGGCAAUAAAAAAAAUUAAAAAGGUUUUUGUCAAGGGAGACUAAAUGCUUGCUGGCACAACUUCCUAAUAUUGAGUUGCACCCCCUUUUGCCCCCAGAACAGCCUCAAUUCAUUGGGGCAUGGACUCGGCAAUGUUUCGAAAGCAUUCCACAGGGAUACUGGCCCAUGUUGACUCCCAAUGCUUCCCACAGUUGUGUCAAGUUGGAUGACAUUUAGGUGCUGGACCAUUCUUGACACACAAGGUAAAACUGUUGAGCGUGAAAAACCCAGCAGCGGUGCAGUUCUUGACAUUCAAACCGGUGCGCCUGACACCUACUACCAUACCCCAUUCAAAGGCACUUAAAUAUUUUGUCUUGCCCAUUGUUUGUGUGUGUCGUCCUGGUCUUCACCAAGUAGCUCCUCAUCAAAAGCAUCUUCCUCCAAAAAGUACAAGAUGUCAUGGUCCUCAUCCUGCAGGCCUUCCUCAGCGAUGACUCUUUAGCACAUAAGAACAGGGAUCAUGAAUGGAAGGGAAUUGUGUAGCUAACGGUUUUCAACCUGUUGGCAAGGUGACAAAGUUCUGUUUUAUAAUCCUAAAGUUUUCACUUGCAUAACAGAUAUAAUAUGAUCAUAUACAGUACCAGUCAAAACUUUGGACUCCUACUCAUUACAGGGUUUUUCUUUAUUUGUACUAUGUUCUUCAUUUGUCGAAUAAUAGUGAAGACAUCAACACUAUGAAAUAACACAUAUGGAAUCAACCAGCUUCACCAGGAAUGCCUUUCCAACAGUCUUGAAGGAGUUCCCACAGAUGCUGAGCACUUGUUGGCUGCUUUUCCUUCACUCUGCACUCCAACUCAUCCCAAAUCAUCUCAAUGAAUGUUUGCUGCUGUUGCCGAUGUCAAGAUCCAUGUGAUGCUUAAUGGAGCUGCUGUGAAAUCCUAGCCUCGUUUGCAAUGUUGUCCGAUGUAAAGUGUGCUGUGCAGGAGGUUCAACUGAACUUCUCUGACAGUUGACAUGAUUGUUCGGAUGGAAUACAGACAUACUGCUGUACUUUCUUGCUCCUGGGUGAGGCCAGCACCAAAACUAAUAUAUCAGAUCGCCAGAUGGCGGUAUGUGGCGGGCCAAAAUGACAUCCCACCUGAGCAGGCUGAAAUGACAGGCUUUUUAUUUCAAACCGUUCUUACACAAAAAGGGCAAUUAUCAUAAUUUUCACUCACAGUUCUGUGUUAUUUCGACCUCGUGGAAAUAUCAUCAGAAACGUUUUAACUGCGCUGCUUCUUUAACAUAUGAAUAUUGACAUUGUUUGCACUUUUAUAAUUAUACACCUGGUACUAUGGUUGAUAUAGUUAUUGUUGGAUUUAUGCUAUUUGUCAUUAUUAUUGCAACAAUGCAUGAUGGAUAAUUUUCCCAGUUUCACAUUUCUUGGCUUCUUGUGGCGGGUUCUAUUUUCUUGCAGAUCAGAACAACUCAAUGCAUCGUUUUAAAUUGAUUUGUGAAACAGAUAGUGACCACAUUGAUACGGAAUUAAGGCCAUAGAUUCUCUUAUGGUUGUGAUGCAAAACUAAGUAUUUUGUGCCUGUUUUAGAGAUACAAUGGCCUGAUGUCAGUGCUAAAGGGGCACUGUAGUCAAAAAUGAGAUUUCCCUGUUUUCUUUCAUGAUAUUUCUACACUAUGAGGUCAAAAUAACAAAUUGUGAAAAUCAUGAUAAUGCCCUUUUAGUGUAAGAGCUUUUUGGAGAGAGAGAGAAACACCUGGAUUUUCAGCCUGUUCUGGUGGGAUGGAGUUUUUGGCAGACAGCAUGACAUCACAAUCUGAUCUGAUUAUUCUGACCAAUGACCAGUCAUCUUUUAUUUGCAUAUGUAUCCUCCUACUUUGAAGGGGUAAGCGGCGUAGGCUCUAGACUAGAGUCUGGACGAUCCUAUCUGGCAGUCAGGGCUAACUAAAUAUAUGAACAUGCUCAGCCUGAUCGUGUGCGCAUUUCAAUGGCAAAAGGAGGCUCAGUGAAAUAAAUGAUAAAUUAUUGUGUUUGUUUUUUUCAAAAAUAAACGCAAAGUGAUUUAUUAGACAGACAGUGAUGAUUUAAAAAAUAAAUCAAAGAUAAAAAUUAUUUGAUAAAAUUAGAAAGACUUGCAUGGAGGCUGGUAAGCUAUCACAAUUAAAGCAUGUUAAUUUAAAUUCAUGACCGUUGCAAUGUAAUUAAAAACCACUGAACUGCAAAUAAUAAAGCUUGGCUCAUUUCAAACUACACAUUGUUAAUUUAACCACUAUGACGACAGCUUCUAUUCAAUAGUGAAUUAUUGUGCAUAGAGAUUAUUAGAAGAUAAACAUACAAGAUCAAAAUAAAAUGUUUAUAUAAAAUCUA